AUGCUCUCCAAGCAGCUAGAUGCCAUAAGCAAGCAGCUUGGCAGCCUCGCGCAUGACAUGGGCGACUAUGCUCAAGAUAACAUGUUGGCUUACAUAUCGGACGAUAGCAUCUUUGGGCAAAGGGGUGCGCUGCCUCAUGCGGUGCGCUCAGCGCAAUUUUUAGUCAGCUUCAUUACAGGAUCGGCGCCCUCGAGUAACGAGACACGCGCAGUUGCAGCGGCACUGCUGCCAGCACAUCACACGUUUCACAAGCUGGUGCUCUGUACCGGGAUUUGCAUUACGUUUGAGUUCCUCCGAGCAAUCAACAACCUUGGUGACAGUUUGGGAAAACGACUCAUCGAGAACGGGCGGAAGAUCUACAAGGUUGGGGAGACCAAGUCCUCAACAUCAGGUCUCCUCAAGGCGAAGAAGCAAGGGGUGGUUUGGGGGGCUACCCUGGUUUGGGGAGAAAGAGUACUCAGAGGGCAAGUGACGUCGAAGCAUAAACCAGAGCUUGACGUUAGAUGCUAUGUCUUCCUCCCCGCCACCGUCGAUGUGGAAUCGUUAAGAAGGUUAAGGAGCCAAGAUGUCGAAGUGGAGUGGGUUAGCAAAGAUGGCGCGACUGUAAAGGAGCAAGUGUCAGUGGUGUUCAAGCUAGGGGUGGCCAACCGCCUCAAAGGUAUCAUCUUCCCAUUUGAGUAG